CACAACGCAACAAAAAACGCUCUGUUUCGGUCUUUGCGUGUGUGCGUGUGUGUUGGAAAGGAAUCAUAAUUGUGACAAAAUCGUCUUAUGAUGUGAUUUCUGUCUUGUCGUGUUUUGUGUUUCCUGCUCGUAAAAUCCGUUUUUCUUGUGUUUCCUUUCGUUUUCGCCGCAAUUCGGUGCAGCCUGUGCUACCCGCUACCCGACCGCGUAUCUCGCCUUCCGGAUGCUAUGUUUUCCGCUGCGUUGGGUUGUUGCUGAUCGAUAGAAAACACCGAUUAGCGCUGUGCGAGCCACAACAGGAAAGGGAAGGGAACGACGAGCGCAGCGAGUGUGUCCCAGCAUUUCAGGGAGGCGCAGUGUCUGGCCCCAAGUGUGUGUGUGUGCGUGUGUGUAGCCAAAUCCCAACGAAGCAAGUGAUCCGAUAAUGGCUCGGGAGUAUGAUCAUUUGUUUAAAUUGCUUAUUAUUGGCGACAGCGGCGUCGGCAAGUCCUCGCUGCUGAUUCGUUUCUCGGACAACACAUUCUCCGGAAGCUACAUUACGACCAUCGGCGUGGACUUCAAGAUACGCACAGUGGUGAUCAAUGGUGAGCGGGUGAAGCUGCAAAUCUGGGACACGGCCGGGCAGGAACGGUUUAGGACGAUCACCAACACCUACUAUCGCGGAACACACGGCGUCAUCGUGGUGUAUGACGUGACCAAUGGCGAAUCGUUCGGUAACGUGAAGCGCUGGCUGCAGGAGAUCGAAUCGAACUGCGAUAUAGUAAACAAAGUACUAGUUGGCAACAAAAAUGACGAUCCAACGCGCAAGGUAGUUACCACGGAGGAUGCGGAGCGUUUCGCCAACCAGAUGGAGAUCAAGCUGUUUGAAACAUCCGCCAAAGAUAAUCUAAACGUGGAGGAGAUGUUCCUCGCCAUCACCGAGCAGGUCCUGAGGCACAAGAAGCAGACGCAAAAGCAGCAACAGUCGGAAACGAACAACGAUACUGUACAGCUCAAAAAGGGUACGCACAAAAAGAAGAACAAGUGUUGCUAAUGGUCGUGGAGGGUGCAGGGGUGAGUGGGUAG